GUAGUGAGCACCCCGCGUGACGACCCCGGAUCUUGCGGCGCAUCUCUACGGCCGUCGACAUCGCCGGUUGUUCGACUACUUCCUCUACAGCCGAGGGUAAUUGCCCAAUAUGAGCGGACGGAAGGCAUCAUCGAGCUCCUUGCUUGAUCAGAUGCAUCAGCGGAAGCCAGGGCCGGGUGCUUCCAGACGGAGUGCAAGACCCAUUAUUCCCACCCGGCGUUACGAAGACGCAGACGGAGGACGGGGAGGACGAGGGGGAGGACGAGCUGGAGGACGAGGGGGAGGACGAGCUGGAGGACGAGGGGGAGGACGAGCUGGAGGACGAGGGGGGAAUGCACAACUCCUUCUAGCUGACAUUCCCUCUGCUUCUGGCUCAGUGGCUUCACAGUCGCUGGACGAGGAGGAGGACACUAGGGAGGAGGAGGAGGACACUAGGGAGGAGGAGGAGGAGUCUAGGGACGAGGAGGCUUCGACGGAGAUGGCUCCGAAGAAGUUGCGGAUUCGUGGGGAAGCGCAGGUUCCCGAUGAGAGUAAGGAACCCGCUACGGAGGAUGAGAAGUGGCUCCUUGUCCCAGGAAAGAUAGAGAAUUUCACAUACACGGGGAAGAAUGUCCGCGUGCCAGGGAGUCUGAUUGGAGCUGCUAUUAGGAAGUACUGGCCGGGGAUGUACACUCCGGUCCUUGGGGGCGAGUCCAAGCUAGCCUACACUUGGGAAGACUAUGAGAUAGCGCCUUACCCUGGCUUUGCUUCCGCCGCCGACGCCGUGAUCAAGAAGUUUUGGCGCAACUACAGGGUGGCGACUGAGCAUAAGGAUAGGGCGGACGUGGUGCUCCGUAACAUGUGUCGGAAGUUGACACGGCAGCAGUGGUACAACCAGAGGAUCACGUGCAUCGGCCACUUCUAUGCUGAGCAGGGCGUAAGGUACACAAAGCCUGAGAUUGUGCAGGGACUCGCCCCGGCUAUGACGAUAGAUGACUUCAUGUCGGUUGUACCACAUUGGGCUGAUAAUAAUAAGAGGGCCGCCUUCAUGGAGUUGGUCAAGAAUUGGGUCGGCGAAAACCCCGAUUUCAAGGCCGUGAGCGACCGGAACAAGGCCAACCGUGCCACCGUUUUGCCGCCAUUCUGGGAAAAAAAAGAAAAUUGUGCCGACGGUUACACCGUCGGCACAGCUGGGGACGUUGACGGCGCCGGGCGUGACGGCUGGUUGGCUGUGCCGACGAUGAGACGGCCGACGGCCACCGUCCAGCCGUCGGCGUACGGCUGUGCCGGACGGUGA